CAUGAGGUGAUUGAUUGAUCAUGGUGUGAUAUGGAACGCAACUUUACUCUCUUGCACACGCCAUUGAAUUGGUGCCUCAUUGUUAUAACUGACUCUUACCGUUGAGAAAACGCAACGGGCACAUACACCACGUUUUGUAUCACCGUUGAACGGUAGGCCCGUUGUGCGGCGCCGUUGCUCGUGAUUGUUCCCGCGUGUAGUCACACAAUACCGAUUCAACUUCAACGCACGACUCUGUACGGCACAAUAUCCAAGACAACAGUAAUUGAUUCACAGAUACCACUAACCAGCCACCCAGAAGACCAUGAACGAAUUUGCUGAGAAGGGGGGAGCAUGCGCUCGGGUAAAAGUCUUGCGCUUGACCAAGCUGUAGUGAGCAUCUGCAUAGUAAGCUUACAAACGGCAUUUGAGCCUUAUCACAGCUAUAAUGAUCCGGCAGAUAAAGAAAAUCCCGUUGUGGCUACGCCGAGACAAGCUCCGUGCCUCCGGCGCCGUCUCCGGAGGGACUGUGUCAUGCCCCAUCUGUGAUUGGUUCACUGCACCGUGCCGAGUGUGUGAAAUGUUCAAAAAGGUUGGACCAGAAAAUAAGAAAUGCGACAUUGCUGCCCAGUGAAUCAUUAAUUAAUUUAUAACACUCUCCCUUGUUCAAAUGCAAAAUUAAGCCUGAAACUUUACAACAUCAUAGUUUGAAGACGGCAGACAUAAACGAAGACACCAUGUCGGAACGAGAUCCUCGUACAAAGGAGCAAUCCUCUACUCACGAUACCGAGCGCAAUAUACAACCAUCCGAAGAACCGAAAAAUAAGGAAAACGUCUCGGCUUUCAAAUCCCUUGGCUGGCUCGACCGUUUUCUAGCAGUAUGGAUCUUCCUCGCCAUGGUAGUCGGUAUUAUCUUGGGCAACUUUGUCCCUUCGACUGGACCGGCUCUUGAGAAGGGCAAGUUUGUUGGCGUUUCUGUUCCAAUAGGUAUAUAAACAGCUUAUCCGGUGGUACAAGUAUACUUAUCAGAUGUGCUAGCUGUCGGCCUGCUCGUUAUGAUGUAUCCCAUCCUCUGCAAAGUUCGAUAUGAGAGUCUCCACGAGAUCUUCUCCCAGCGGGACGUCUGGAAGCAAAUUCUCUUUAGCAUUUUCAUCAACUGGAUAGUUGCGCCCUUUUUGAUGCUCGGCCUGGCAUGGGCCUUCCUCCCAGACAAGCCCGAACUUCGCAUCGGUCUUAUCCUCGUAGGCCUCGCACGCUGCAUCGCCAUGGUAUUAAUCUGGAACGGUCUUGCUGGCGGUGACGCCGAAUACUGCGCUAUCCUUGUGGCCAUCAACUCGAUACUGCAGAUGGCUCUAUACGCGCCAAUGUCUGUGUUCUUUAUCUCGGUGAUCAGCGGAGAGGAGGGCUCUCUUGAGGUGUCGUACUCAACCGUUGCAACCAGUGUAGCAGUCUUUCUCGGCAUCCCUCUCGGCGCAGCUAUCAUCACUCGCUUCUCCCUGCGCAAGAUGGCCGGACCAGAGUGGUAUGAGCGUGUCUUUUUGCGCAUCAUCUCCCCCUGGUCUCUCAUCGGCCUUCUUUACACCAUCCUCAUCCUCUUCGCUUCCCAAGGCCAUCAAGUGGUCCAUCAGAUCGUGUCUGUAGUACGCGUCGCAGCCCCCCUCAUCGUCUACUUCGUUAUAAUCUUCUUCGCAACACUUCUGGUAUCUCGACAUGCUGGUUUCGGAUACCCUCUCUCUACAACGCAGAGCUUUACUGCGGCGAGUAACAAUUUCGAGCUUGCGAUAGCAGUGGCUAUUACCACGUUCGGACCGAGUAGCGACCAGGCGCUUGCGGCGACGGUUGGCCCGCUGAUUGAGGUUCCGGUGCUUUUGGGGUUGGUGUAUCUCCUUCGGUGGGUUUCUGAUAGAUGGAACUGGAAGAACUGAGUUUUGGGAUAUGUAGUGAAACAUAGUAUCAGGUCAUCUCGUCCAUCAAAUUGAGCAAAUCCGUGUUGCGGACCAUGCAGGUUUCGCCUUCGGCGCAUCCAAGAACAGCUCGAGCUUGAGAUAUGUCUGAUUGGCCUCUGAUUUGAGCCAGGAUUGUAGCGGCUUCCAUACAGUGAAUUUUGUCAGGAGAUUUUGGUUGCUGGGGUCCGGGCUGUUGCUGUGGCUGCGAUGCAGGCUGUGGUCUAGGACAGCAGCCUGAUUCUUCUGUGCAAGACGUAGCAGUCGUAGCAGGUGUUGGCGGCGAGUACAUCUUGGGCUGAAUCGCAAACGGAGGGUUACUAUUUUCCCUCACCGGAGCGCAUCCCUGAGGCUGAGAGCACGGCAUAGGUCUCGAGGCAAUAACAACAGGCGAAGCAUUGGAAGACGGCGUCGAAACGGGCGUGACAGUCGCCACACCCGUUCUCGCAACCAUCUUCUCCCCGUGCCUCACAGCCUCAACAUGAGCCUCAACCUCCUCAAUCGACACGCCCUUCGCAGCAAGCAAACCUCUCAGCGCAGCAUUCUCCCCAGCAACAGCCCUCGCAACACGCUGCAUCUCCAGCGUAGCCUGACCAUCGCGACGCUCAAACUCACGCACGCGAUUCUGCAGAUCGUCGAGUAAUUCACGCUGUCUUGCGCGAGAGCGACGCUGGUUCUCGCGAUUGAGAGCGAGAGACUCGGGUGUUCGAGUCUAGUUGGGCUUAGUAUUUUGACGGAUAUACG